GACAGAUGAGCUGCUGAAAAGGGUGCAGCUGAAUGGUGCAGCUGCAGCAAACUUGCCAAAUGGCGCUUUUGCAUCUUCUGAGCUCCUCGAUGCGGAGGCGGAGAGGCAAAAGAUCUCUGAGCAGGAGAAAAUUUGGCGCGCUCACCUGCCGCGGAUAGUCUGGGUGGGGUCGGUGAUUGGAGUCCAGAAGCUGGCGGAAAGAUUGUUGGCAACUCCUUCUAGAUCUACAUCUACUUCGCCGAAGGACGACAAGAAUAAAGGUUCUUUGAUUACCACCUCCGUUACGACCGAAGGUGAUGCAUCUUCAUCCUCUGUUCGUUCUGUAAUAAAAGGAGAUACGACAAGUAGAACAGGAACUACCGAAGAUCAAGACCCUGGUCGUGGGCUAGCAACAGCAUCGUCCUCACGAGAGGAGCCCUUCCGCCUGCUUGGUAUGGACGUCGAGGGCGUGGAGUUGGGAAAGUCCGGCGAGGUGUGCCUGAUGCAGAUCAUGGUGGAGGAAACCGUGGAAACGGAAAUCAAAGACGGGCCGUUCUGCUUGGACCCUGCUCACAGGGACCAAAACCCCGACGUGUACAACCAAAUUCAUGAAUACACCGGAAGCAGCACCUCAAGUUCUUGUGUCAGCAACACCGCUAGUACGACAAUAUCUAUAUCUCCACCCACGACUCUGAAAACGGAGAAAACCGUCUACCUGGUCGACCUCGUGGAGCUGCAGAAGAAGGCGUUUGACGACGACAUUUGUUACCCCAACCUGAAAACCGUGCUGGAGAGCGAGCAGUGCCAAAAAGUACUCUUCGACUGCCGGCAGGACUUUGAGGCAGUGUUUUUCCACUUCGGCGUGAUGCCGCGGAACGUGUACGACCUGCAGAUCUCGUUCCUGCUCUCCGAUAUGAACUGCAAAAGUAUCGUACUCGUAUAAAUGCAUUACAAAUUUCCUCAGCAUGAAAAUUGAGUUUGUCAUGCUAAAAUACGUAAGAAACCAGAUUUGUCAUGCUAGUCUGGCAUUUAUACGAGUGCGAUACUUUUACACUGCAUAUCCGAGUCGGUCGGGCAAAACUACGCGCGACACCUGAAAGGCUUGCCCAAAGCGCUCGGGGCGUACUUUGAUGAGGCGACUAGUAGUACAACUCCUGCGCCUAGUUGUAGCCAUACGACCGGCCGCUCCGGUGCUAGUCCUGGACCGAACUCUGUGCAACCUCAUCUGCUCGAGGACGCUAGUAGAACAAGUCGCGACCACCAGGUUGUACCACCAGAAAAGCAUGCAGCUUCUUCAAACGCCCAUCAUGAAAAAUCUUCGCAAGAAGAAGAACAGAUGAACCUCCAGCAAAAUAACGCACACCAUCAAGAAGUGAACCUCGGCGACGUGUUUUCCGAUUUGAAGGAGCGCGGGAAAGCUCUCUACGACCCCCGCCGCGGCGGCGGCUACCACGUCUGGGCCGAGCGGCCCAUGCAGGGAAUUCUACUCGCGUACGCCGCGGUCGACGUGUCUUACUUGCUGGCUAUGAAGCGCCACUUUGAGUCCUUGUUCGUGUCUCGGGUGGUCGGUUUGUCCCGGGCCGUCGCUAUGUUCGAGGCGAAUACGAGUAAGGAAAAGCCGGAAGAGCGGGAGAAGAGACUGCAGGAGGAACAGCGGGAGAGGUUCAAGAACGCGGUGUUGAUCCGCACCGUGGAGCGAAUCCUCUGCAAAUUGGCGAUAUGGAUGUGUCAGGAUCGAAAUCGACAAAAUCGAAAAACUUGUGAUGCACAAAAUCGAUGUCAGUUAGAGCCUCAGUUUCCAAGUGGCGCAUUACAAAUUUCGGGAGCACCCAGAUCCAGUCUGUCAUGCUGUUUGGGCAAAGAAGACUCCUCCUGUCGUGCAGCUACUCUGGCAGCGCAUUGCAUACCCCUAAAGAGGCUUGCAAUCGGUCCCAUUUGCCUGCUCCCCAAUACAGGCCUUCAGAAGUGCCCUACAUUUUAUGCAUCGCAAAUCUUUCAAUUUUGUCGAUUUCGAUCCUGACACAUCCAUAGGCGAACCCGGAGCGGGACCUGGGCAGCCUGAUUGACUUCGCAACGUUGGCGGGGUCCAGUGCAGUCGAGAUAUCAAAUGUAAAAAUCCCUGGAUGUCUGGAAACUUGUGAUGCUGGGUGGCGUCUCAUGCUGAGGCCACAAAUGCUGGCUCAGCAUCACAAGUUUCUGAGCUUCCAGGUGUUGCCUAUUCUGCAUGACAAACUGCGUUUCUGCAUCACAGAAAAACGAAGCUCUUGGGUAACGUGCAUGACAGAUUUAAAGAGUCAUGCCAGACAAGCAUGACAAACGUGCAUUUUUCCAGACCCAGACAUUUUUACAUUUGAUACGAGAGGGCCAUUUACGAAACCUUGUGGGGAGGUUCUUACAAAGAAGACCAGAAUUUUGUGAAAACGUUGUCAGGCGGGCUGUUUGAGCACGUGCGGAAAGCGAUUUUACUGGGGUACGAAGAGAAAAGGGAGAACGAAGUUGUACUACUUCUCGCAGCGGAAGAACAGAAGAGCAAACAAGACGGAACAAGUACAACUUGUCGUGCCGACGGUCAUGAUCUGGAAAGCGAUCAUUCACAAGCAGCUUCUGUCGAGGACAUCCUCGCCGCUGGUGGUACAAGACCACAAGAAUCAAGUGCAGCAAACAACGAAAGUCAUGUGAAUAUCCAGCUCGAGGAGCCGAACAGCAUGCUGUCUGCGCUGACCGAAACCUCGAACGAAGAGGACAGCUUCGAGGAAUUCUUGAAAACCACACUGAACGUCGGACCCCAGGAGCCGGUCACUGUGUCGGGAAAGAACGGCGCGGCCAAGACGACAUCCUCAUCCGCUGCGGCCGCACCUCUGCUACAAAAGCUGCAGGCUUACCUCUUUGACCACCUUCGACCCUGCGACUUUUCGCCGAAGGGACGCGCGGUGUUGCAGGAGCACUACGAUGGGUAUGGAAUGGAAGAGGUGGUGAAUGCACUCCAUUAUUAUGCAAUGUAAAUAUCCCGUACAUGUACAAAAUGCAUGGCAAAUUUCGCUAACUUGCAGUGUCCAACUUGUCAUGCUAGACUAGGACUGAAGGCAAGUUUUGUCAUGCAGAGACUGCAUUUGUACGUGUACGGGAAAUUUACUGUGGAUAAUUACGUCAGUAGCACGUUCGAGAAGUACAAGGCUCGGGUCGUGCAAGACCGGCACUUUUAUCAACAGGAAAAAUCCCCUUCCCCCCUCCCCAUAUCAAAACGAAGUUUCUGAUGCAGGAUUUGCGGACACAAAUAAGAUCUGUCUUGCUGGAGAGGAAUGCAGCCCCAUACUAAGCCUGAGUAGAGAGGCUCUGGCCUAGGCGUCUAGCAUGAGAAACGUCCGUGCUGUAGGCCCAUCAGCAUCACAAACCGCCUGCACAAUGCUGCGUAGCUUGUCGAGUUGCCUUCUUGCAAGACAGACGUGAUUUGAGGUCGCAAAUCAGCAUCACAAAUUUCCGGAAGCAUACCUUUUCGAUAUGGGGAGGGGGGAUUUUUCCUCUUAAUAACUUUUGGACGGAGCGGAUGUUGCAAAAAAACUUGAAGUGGCUAGACCAACGGGAACAACAGAGGCAGUGGGAGGAACAGCAACGGGAGCACUGGGAGCAGGAACAGCGGCAGUAUGAUAAUAAUUUUCAUUAUGACCAGCAGCAGCAGGGGCAGGGCAGCUAUAAUAGUUACCACAAUGUUGGCUAUAGUGGCUACAACAAUCAUAGCCAGGCAGCAACGCCGACGCCAAGCGCAGCAUCGUCCUACACACCGUCGAACCAGUACGAACAAUACAACCACCAACAGCAUAUUGCUCCGGUCGCCGAACAGCAUUACUAUGCUUUAGGCUCCGGAGGGGAAGGUGCCUCCACAUACGGUAGCCCUAGCCCGUACAGUCUCGACAACGGCGAGUCGCCUGCUGCAACUGGUGGAGGUGCGUGGGGGGUAUAAUUGGGGUAGCAAUUUUAGUGGCGCAGCUAUGGUGACAGACGAGCCUGGCACUGUCGUGUCCACACCUGGAAGUGCGGAUACACGGGGAUUCCGUCGUGCAGCUCCUAACGCAUACAAUUCGCCAUUGCAACAAGCUCUAACGGGAAGCAGUUCCUCGAGCUCAAGUUUACGCCCUUGCUUAGCGGGCGGAGCUGGGCGGGGUUGUUUCUUUUAUAAGAGAAAAAGAAAACCAAAACCGACGGAAACCAGUAAACCGCGUAUGCGCAAGUACUACGGACAUGCUUCUGCAUUAGCAUAUUUCAGAGCAUGGAGAUAAAGGGAAAGUGGAAAUCCCACCGUGUCAGUGUCUUUCCAAGAAGUGUCACAGCUAUAAAUGUUUUUUUCAUCUUCGGAGAAGCGCAAGCGAUUUAU